UUUCAAUUCCCAAAAACUCGCUGAACCUGAUCUCACCGGACAGGUGCGUUUUUAAAACGACGGAGGACGGUUCACUGGAGGAGGACGACGGGGUUAUGAUUACAUCUCCAUUAAAAGUUCUCCACAAGUUCUUGCAAGUUUCAUGACCCACUAUGGCAGUAAACCUGAGUAAAAACGGACCCGCGCUUACAGACGCAUACAAUGAAGUGGUGAACGGGAAAACGGGCACAAACUGGGUGUUGUUCACCUACGAAGGAAACAGUAAUGACAUUCGGGUUGCAGGAAAGGGAGAUGGUGGGCUUGAAGAAAUGGUGGAGGAACUGAACAGUGGUAAAAUCAUGUACGCUUUCUGUAAAGUGCUGAACCCCAGUUCUGGAGUCUCCAAGUUUGUGCUCAUCAACUGGACCGGCGAGGGAGUAAAGGAUGUUAGAAAGGGUGUUUGUGCCAAUCAUGUUCACUCAAUGGCCAAUUUUCUGAGGGGUGCCCAUGUGACCAUCAACGCUCGAUCAGAUGAUGAUGUUGAACCUGCUGCCAUCAUGGAGAAGGUUUUUAAGGGCUCGGGCGUCAACUACAACAUCCACAAAGAAUCAAACCAGAACAAUAAUUGUGAACCUAUUGGACGUGUGGGUUCUGUCUAUAAAAAGGUCAGUGCUUUAGAUGAAAUCCAAGGUACGACCAGAGAAAACUUCUGGGCUCAGGCUGAGCAAGAUGAAAAGAACCGCCGACAGGAGGAGCGCAGGAAGGCAAAUGAGGAGAGGCAGCGUCUGGAAAAAGAACAGAGAGAGCAAGAGGCUAGAGAGGCAGACGAACGAGAACGAAGGAGGAGGGAGAGAGAGAAAGAGAUAGACCAGCAGAGGCUUUUUGAAAAGAAACAAGAGGCAGCAAAUAAAGAACAGGAUCAAAGAAAAUUGGAGAAAGAGGAGAAGGAACACCAGUCUCCUGUAAAAGCAGGAAUAUUGCGAGCUGAGUCUGUGCAGAAGGCCAAUGAGGCGGCGUCAAUCAUCUCUCAGCGUUCCAUCAAUCCCAGGGAGCUGUUCAUGAAGAAGGAGAGAAGCUUGAUCAACAGUGAAACACCUUCUUCAGCUUCUCGACCAGGUCAGUUGAGAAGCCCAUUUUUAUCCCAGCAAAGAGUCAGUGCAGAAAACCCUCGCAGUGAGAGCAGGUCUCAGCCCUUAUCUCCAGUUCGCCCCGCAGCAGCCGUCUCAGUUUCACAUGUACCAGCUCCCAUCUCUCCAGUGCAUGAAACACCGGCUUUCCCUGUAAAAAAUGCAGACCCCUUCUCUGAUGAUCCAUUUGUAUCUGAACAAGCCGAGGGAUCUGAAGAUGAAUGGGAUGAUUCGGAUGAGGAGGGAUCGAGUCCUGCUGACGGGAACCGAGAAGGUGAAUACAGCAUCUACGCGAGCGUCCCCUCAGAUGAAAGUCUCUAUGUGAACGUUAACCAGGAUUUCCAAACCCCUACUACUGAAGACGAGGAGACAGGCGAUAACCAGAACAUUUGCGCAAGAGCACUAUAUGACUACCAAGCUUCGGAUGACACAGAGAUCACCUUUGACCCGGAUGAUAUUAUCACAGGGAUCGAGAUGAUAGAUGAGGGCUGGUGGAGGGGUUACAGUCCUGAUGGUCACUACGGAUUGUUUCCUGCUAAUUAUGUGGAGCUUCUUUAAGUCUACAGUAACCAAUCAGAUGCAAUACUAUGUGACUAAAUGAUUGUGGUUUGCUAGUAUGCUUUAAUGAUGUUACGGGGCAUUUGGAAAAUCUGAUUUCUUAAAUUUGUACUUUAUCUAAAUAUUGUUCAAUAAAAGUUUUGUGUCUCUUUUA